GCAGCUGUCGCCAUUUUCCUCAGAGCGGAAGAAGGAAGAACAGAGGGAAAACACUAAACUGUUCAAAAGAAAACUCCCGAAAAAUAGAUAGUAUCUGCGAUGGAAGUCCCCGGGCCGGACAGCGACUGGAGGAGCCCUCAGUUCCGACAAAAAGUCGUCGCUCAGAUUGAAGAGGCGAUGAGGAAGGCAGGAACUGCACACACAAAGUCCAGCAACGACAUGGAGAACCAUGUUUACGUCAAAGCCAAAUCCAGAGAGGAGUAUUUAUCACUGGUGGCGAGGCUGAUCAUACACUUCAGAGACAUCCACAAGAAGACUCUUGGAGGUCCAGAUCCCAUGAAUGCCCUGACUAACCUGACAGGGGUUGGAGGGGGCUCGGGCGCCAUUGGCAUGGGGCCUCGCCCCACCGGUGCUCCAGUGGGUGGCAUGGGGGCCAUGGGGCAGAUGCAGAUAGGCCAGCAUGCCAUGGCAGGGGUGGCUGGAAACCCACAAGCCAUAGGGGGUCCAGGACAGAUGCCGAUGCAACAGAUGGUGCAGGCGCAGCAACAACAGCAGCAGCAGCAGCAGUCCAUCCAAUUCCAGCAGUUCCAGCAGUCGCAACAGCAGCAGAACGUCAUGCAGCAGCAGCAGAACGUAGCCAUGCAGCGACAGCAGUUCCAGGUGCAGCAGCAGCUGAGGGUGCAGCAGCUACAACAGCAGCAGCAGCAGCACCACCAGAACCAGCAGCAGCAGCAGGCGCAGAACCAACAGCAGCAGAACCAGAUGCACCAGACUACCAUUCAGCAGCAGCAGAUGGUGCAGCUGCAGCUCCAACAGCAGCAUGCUCAGGCACAGGCCCAGGCUCAAGCUCAAGCUCAGGCUCAGGCUCAGUCCAUCCAGCACAUGGUUCAGCAGCAGCAACAGCAGCAGCAGCAGGUCCAGGCCCAGGCUCAGCCGGGUCAGAUGCCUCCACACACUCAGCAACAGCAGCAGCCCGGCAUGGUGCCUCAGUCUCUAGCUGGACCGAUGACAUCUGCUCAGCAUGUUCCCACCAACUCGCUCAAUCAGCAGCAGCAGCAGCAUCAGCUCAAGAUCCAGGCCUUCCAGGCUCGUGCAGCCUUGCAGCAGCAGCAGCAGGUGCAGCAGGCCCAGCAAGCAGCGCAGCAAGCCGCUGCACAGGCUCAGCUCAACGCAGCGGCUGCCGCUGGGGGCGCUGUCCCUGGACAGUUGGUACGUCCUGGGAUGAUUCCAACUCGGAUGCCACGAGCCACCCUGAACCCCACCAUACCCCCUCAGAAUGCUGCUGCUGCUGCGGCCGCUGCUGCCGCCGCCGCCGCUGCAGCCGCUGCGGUGGGAGGACAGCAGAUGACCCAGCAGGUGCAGCAGCAUUCAAUGAUGUCAUCCCCCUCGCCUGUGCAGGUGCAGACGCCACAGUCGAUGCCCCCUCCUCCCCAGCCGUCACCUCAGCCCCCCACCUCCCAGCCCAACUCAGCCAGCUCCGGUCCCACGCCGUCUCCAGGAGGUUUCCAGCCCAGCCCCUCACCUCAGCCCUCACAGAGCCCCGCCAACAGCCGCACUCCACAAAACUAUGGAGUCCCCUCUCCUGGACCGCUGAAUACCCCGGGUAACCCGAGCUCGGUGAUGAGUCCGGCUGGAGCCACGUCAUUGGAGGAUCAGCAGUACAUGGAGAAACUCAAACAGCUCUCCAAAUACAUCGAACCUUUAAGCAGAAUGAUCAACAAGAUCGACAAGAACGAAGACAGGAAGAAGGACCUGAGUAAGAUGAAGAGUCUGCUAAACAUCCUGACUGAUCCAAACACCAGGUGUCCCCUGAAGACGUUGCAGAAGUGCGAGAUCGCUCUGGAGAAGCUGAAGAACGACAUGGCCGUGCCGACCCCUCCUCCCCCUCCAGUUCCCACCAAGCAGCAGUACCUGUGUCAGCCGCUGCUGGACGCCGUCAUGGCCAACAUCCGCUCUCCGGUCUUCAACCACUCUCUGUACAGGACCUUCGCCCCCGCCAUGACCACCAUCCACGGACCUCCCAUCACGGGUCCCAUCAUCUCAGGCAGGAAGAGGAAACACGAAGAGGACGAGCGGCAGACCAUCCCCAACAUCCUGCAGGGGGAGGUCGCUCGUCUUGACGUCAAGUUCCUUGUCAACCUGGAUCCUUCGUUCUGCAGCAACAAUGGCACCGUGCACCUUGUCUGCAAGUUAGAUGAUAAAAACCUGCCCAGUGUUCCUCCUCUGCAGCUCAGCGUUCCUGCUGAUUAUCCUGAUCAGAGUCCGUACUGGGCUGACGACGGGGAGCAAUAUGGUGCAAACAGCUUCCUGCAGACGGUCCACAAAAACAUGACGUCCAAACUGCUGCAGCUACCCGACAAACACUCUGUCACAGAGUUGCUCAACACCUGGGCUCAGAGCGUCCGCCAGGCCUGCCUGUCAGCUGCAUGAAGCCCCGCCCACCUGAGAUCACCUGAGAUCAUUACUCCGACACAGAUACUUUCAUUUAGACACUACAGUCCAACCUAAGACAGGCUUCAUUAGUAAAAUGUUUAAGACAGAAGUGCUACACCUGUUGAUGCUUUUCAUACAGAACUGCUGUGUCCCAUGAUCCUGAAUGCAUCAUGACCAAAAUAUGUGGAUGUUAUCAGAAUUACAUCAUGAUGUCUGUUAUGCCUCCUAAAUUGCGAUGUCAGUAAGGAGGUUAUUGUGGUCCCACACUCCAGACUAGUUGAGAAGCAUUGUCCUAAUGCAUUAUGGGUAAAUACAGGCUGAUGGAGCAUUUCAUAGUCUGCUGUAUUUAGAAGUCCUGCUCUAAAACUGAAGAUUUUAGCAGCUUACUUGUAUUUGUUUCUGCAUCAAAAAGGAAAAAGGGAAAGAUAUACCAGAUCUGCAUGUAAACAGCUAGGCUCUCAUUUUUCCCACCAUAUAUUCUGCCUGAAUGCAACACAGGAAGGUUCAUGUUUGAGUUUUUGUACCUCAGAGGAAACGCUGUGAUGAACUCUAAAAAAAUGUUUGUAUGCUUGUUUUGCUUUUUGAAGUGAAAAUAUAAAUGUAUUUUUUGCUAUUAUGAUUAAACUUUUCAGUUUCAGCUUUUUAA